UUUUUUUAAACAUUAUUUAUGUGAACGACUUGUGUCUGUCUAUGAAAUGCUGAAUCAUUUGUGAAUUACAAUCACUUAUUAUUUGAUAAUUGUUUUGUCAAUCGGUUUGUUUGAGACAAUAGUUUUGAUUAAAAAAAAAAACAAUUAAAUCGGUAAUUAAUCGGUCAGUAGUGGUCAACAACAACAAUAUGUCAACAUCGGUUGCCGGUAUAUGUCCUGAGUUGCCCGUCGGCGGCUUCUCCUACGAAAACUAUCAACGUAACCAGUUUUUAACAGCAAAAGGCUAUCAGAUGCCGAAGGCGACCAAAACUGGUACAACAAUUGCCGGCAUUAUCUGGAAAGACGGCGUAAUAUUGGGUGCCGACACUCGGGCCACUGCCGAUACGAUUGUGGCCGACAAGAACUGCAAAAAGAUACACUAUUUGGCACCGAAUAUGUACUGUUGCGGUGCCGGUACAGCUGCCGACACGUUUUUUGUGACCAAUAUGAUAUCGUCGCAACUGGAACUGCAUCGUCUGAACACUGGCAAAGUGGUGCCCGUAGUGGCCGCCAAUCAGCUACUCAAACAGUAUCUGUUCAGAUAUCAGGGACAUGUCGGUGCAGCUCUGGUACUGGGAGGUGUCGACAAUAACGGACCGAAAUUGUUUUGCAUUCAUCCGCACGGCUCGACCGAUAGCCUACCCUAUGUGACUAUGGGUUCCGGCUCUUUGGCCGCAAUGGCUGUGUUCGAGUCCGGCUGGAAACCCGAUAUGAAUCUUGAAGAGGCCAAAAAGUUGGUCAGAGACGCCAUAGCCGCCGGCAUAUUCAACGAUUUGGGCUCCGGUUCUAAUAUCGAUCUGUGCGUUAUCACCAAAGCUGGUGUCCAAUACUUGCGCACCUAUGAAGAGGCUAAUAAAAAGGGGCAACGACAAGCAAAAUAUAAUUUCAAAAGAGGAACAACUGCUGUAUUGACAACUAAAUCGAUUCCAUUGGAAGUGGAGGAGACUAUUGUCCGACACACUACCGAAGCGAUGGACACUUCCUAGAUAUUGGAAACCCUAUUAGACUUUUUUUUAAAAAAAAGUUUUCACUUAUUUUAUUACUACCGUAUUAUUAAUAUUAUUAUUGUAAUUUGAAUGUACUUUUUUCAUGUGGAAGUUUUA